GGAAAAUCCUGAAAGAUGGUCAGGAGCGUUUUUCACGCGGAUCAGAGUUUGCACAUUUCAAGAACCGCUGUUUCGCUUUGUCUCAGAGGUAGGCUGAUGUUACAGAGCUACGUAGGAAAGACUCCACAUACGUUCCUUUGGUUAUCGGGUUUGAGUCCCGUAGUUUGAAGUCGUGCUGAGUAAAUCCCCGAUACUGCUUAUGGUCGCGCAGGAGAAAACGGACUCGGACAGGAUGGAUGGACUGAGGGGGAAGGGAAAGAGCGGAGGUUACGAGUAGAGAAUAACGGUGUGGUGUUGCUGCACGACCGAGUGCGACUCAGUCAAAACAAUUCAGCGCUUUCACAGAAAGGAAACCGAAUUAGCGUGUUUCGUCGUAUCAUGAGGCAGUAAUAAAGGGACAAACGCACGCCUUGAGGUUUCAACCCGGGGGAAUCAAGGAUGCCGAGAAUGAUUUGCUGAUCCGGUUCGAAGACUGUCCUUAGUUUGAGUCCCAUACACACACAGUCAAGCCUGUACACAAACAUUCAACAGACAGCUGUCAUAAACACAUACCAUUCAGAGAUACGCCGCCAUGGCCAAUAUAUAUCCGUACGGCUGCUUCACUCAUGCUGUCGUCAGAAGUAUCCCAGAAUCCUUUGGGAAGUUGGCAGAGGGCGGAGAAGGGUUUCAGACGGACCUCGCCAAGGCCCAGCGUCAGAUGGGGGUGCUGACGGGCGCUCUGAGGCAAAAGGUUGGGCUGCAGCUCAUAGAAAUCCCAGCAGACUCCGAGCUGCCCGAGAGCUGGCGGAUCGAAGACAUCGCUGUGAUCCAGGGCGACACGGCGCUCGUCACGCGACCCUUCAAACAGCAGAGACGCGCUGAGGCAGAGGCUGUGCGGCGCGUCCUGAACGAACUCAAACUGACGGUGGUGGAGAUGGGCGAUGAGGAGGGCGGGUCUGGUGGAGCCACUCUAGAAGGAAGCGAUGUCCUUUUCACAGGGAAAGAGUUCUUUGUGGGCAUUUCCAAACACACCAAUCACCGUGGGGCGGAAGUUUUGGCCGACACCUUCAAGGACUUCGCUGUGUCCACUGUGCCCGUGUGUGGAGGCUCUCGCCUGAAGAACAUCUGCUCCAUGGGUGGCCCCGAUACCAUCAUCAUCAGCAGCAGCGACGGGGCCAAGAAAACACUCAGAGUGAUGGAGCAGCUGACUGACCAUCACUAUGAGAUCUUGUCUGUACCCGAAGACGUCGCUGCUAACUGCAUUUACAUCAGAGGUCCUGCCAAAGUGGACUACCUCCUGCACCCCACAGCGGAGGAGUGUCCCAACAGUGUCCCUGCUUUCCAGCGUUUGACCGACUACACCCUGCUGCCCAGCGCCUGCAGCGAAGCCUCCAAACUCGGGGCGGCACUGUCCUCCCUUUGCCUGCUUAUCAACAAGAAACCCAACUAUUAAGACACUCGAGUACAAUCACUGCAUAGUCAUAUUUACUUUGUUUACAUCUUUCCUUUCCUUUGUGCAUUCGCUUCAGUCUGAGGUUUUAGGGGUAGAAACGGCCCGGUUAGACCUGGUUCGCUAUCGUCUGCAACUAUCCUUAUGUUUCUCAUAGGCUUUAAUUCCUCAGCUACGCAGGUUUGUUUAGAUUUGUAUAAUGGACACACAUUAUGAGAGUAUUAUAAUAAAUGGCCUUGAAAUAAACAUCAGAUGAACUGUUCACUCAAAGUAAGAGUUCACCCUCUCCUGAGGAGUUUUUUGUUUUAAUUCAGGGCUCUCCAUUCUGGAUCUCAAGCUCCAACCUUGACCAAACUCACCUGCCUUUUUAGCAGUCCUUGAAGACCUCCAUCUGCUUGUUCAGGUGUUUCGGAUCGGGGUUGUGGACCUCCAGCGCCAGAGCUGAGAAAUCCUGUUCUAAUGUUCUGCUAUUAAAGGCUGCCACAUACAAUGUUUGAAUUGCUUUUCCCCUAUUAAGAUGGGCGUGUUAGUGGAUAAGUCUGAUUAUCUAGUCCAGCACAGAACCAGUUUCUUGUUCAUGAAGGUGUCCAGGAAGGGAUGGGUUUGGUUCAUUGAUGUUUACUGUGCUCAUCUAACCAAAACCCUCAUAUUAACCCGUGAGAAUAUCGUAGCAUGUAGAGUACUUGUGAGAACGUGAAGUAUGUUGUAGGGCCACAAGAUUAUUUUUUCAAGGUAACGGCAUCCGUACAUUUUGUAGUGUCGCUGUAAUGAUUUUUUUUUUUUUUCAGUUGUUCCAUUACUGAUGUCGUAACAGUAAUGUAAAAAUUACUUUUUUUGCACUUGUAUAGUGAUACUAUUAAUAAAAUCAUUUGGGUAAAAUACUUUUUAAAAAUAAUUAGAUGAACUAAAUUUCUAGUAAAGAUGGAGUGAGUGAGAAUAGGCAGUUUAGUGUUACAAGAUUAAUUUACAACAAAACACAAAUGGCUUCAUUUUUAAAAUUCUCAGUUGUAAGAUAAAUAAUUAUGAUAUCUAUUAUUCCAAUAAAAAUCAAUUUCAA